AUGGAACAGUGGAGAGUCGUUUGUGGAGAAGAAACGAAAUGGGACGACGCAAUUUGGGCUUCUCUCCGCCUCCGCCCCCGCGGCAUCCUCCUCUUCCUCUUCUUCCUCGUCUUCGUCUACAUCUUCGCCACUCGCCUCUUCCGCCUCGGCCUUCGUCGGCCCCAAGGGCUCGACCGCUCCAUUCUGGCACAGCUCGGCGCCGAGGAUCAGAUGUAUCAAAUCUCACAUUUCUACCGCCUGCACUACCUUGAGACUGCGCACAAGAACUUCCUGGUGCACGUACGCGGCGGUGGCAUGAUGAUCGUCUCCAUGUUCUACCACGACCAGUCGCACUACCAUCUCCUCGUCCGCUUCCAGGGAGGCACGGACUUUUACACGGUCGACAAGCAGCAGCUCUCCAAUUCCUUCUGGAAGCGCGUGCUCGGCAUCGAGCCGGGCCUGCAGGAUCUGCUGGGCAUCGCCAAGCCCGACGUGUCGGUCACCAGCGUGGUUGCUCUCCCCAACACAUCCUCACUACAGCGAGAGAUCAUCGCGCUGGACGAACCGGCUCCGCGUUCGGACGGGAUCCGAGUAGGCGUGGUCUACUGCGAGGCCCACCAGACGAACGAGAACGAAUUCUUUUCCAAUGUCGAAACGAGUCCCGAGUUUGAGCAGUUUCUGGAGCUGCUCGGGGAGAAGAUCGAACUGCUCGGCUGGAACGGCCACAACGGCGGCCUCGACAUUCAAAAGGGCCGAUCGGGCACGCAUUCGGUGUACACGCGAUGGCGGGAGGAGGAGAUCAUGUUCCACGUCUCCACGCUCCUGCCGCUCUACAAGAAGGACCCGCAGCAGCUCGAGCGUAAAAAACACAUCGGAAACGAUCGGGUGGUGAUCAUAUUCAAGGAUGGCGACAAACCCCACCCACCGGAUUCCAUCGCCUCCAAGACCAACCAGAUAAUGAUCCUGAUUCAGGUGUGUCCUGAAGCGGAGGCGCCAGACCGAAACAACACCUACUACAAGGUGUCAGUGGCGCGCAAGAAGACGAUGCCCAGGUUCGAGCCGCCCAUGCCCGACCCACCAAUUUUCUGCAAGGGCGAAGCCUUCCGUGAGUUUUUGUUCUCCAAAGUUUUGAGCGGGCUGGGGGCGACCCACUACUCGCGAGAGUUCACUGCCCUGCGCAAGCUCUACGCGGAGAGCUCCCUCAAGAAGUUUGCCCAGGCCCACGAGCAUCGCCACGCGGCCGAUUCCUCCUCCGUGUGA